AUGGCGUCCUCCCUGCUUGAGGAGGAAGCUCAUUAUGGCUGCAGUCCCCUGGCCAUGCUGACAGCGGCGUGCAGCAAAUUUGGUGGCUCCAGCCCUCUGCGGGACUCAGCGACACUGGGCAAAGCAGGCACAAAGAAGCCAUACUCUCUGGGCAGUGACCUUUCGGCCCCCAAAACCAUGGGCGAUGCCUACCCAGCCCCCUUUUCAAGCACCAAUGGGCUCCUCUCACCUGCAGGCAGUCCUCCAGCACCCACCUCGGGCUAUGCCAAUGACUACCCUCCCUUUUCCCACUCAUUCCCUGGGCCCACGGGCACCCAGGACCCUGGGCUACUAGUGCCCAAGGGGCACAGCUCUUCUGACUGCCUGCCCAGUGUCUACACCUCUCUGGACAUGGCACACCCCUAUGGCUCCUGGUACAAGGCAGGCAUCCACGCAGGCAUCUCACCAGGCCCUGGCAAUGCUCCUACUCCUUGGUGGGACAUGCACCCUGGGGGCAACUGGCUAGGUGGCGGGCAGGGCCAGGGUGAUGGGCUGCAAGGGACACUACCCACAGGCCCUGCUCAGCCUCCACUGAACCCCCAGCUGUCCACCUACCCAUCCGACUUUGCCCCCCUUAAUCCUGCCCCCUACCCAGCUCCCCACCUCCUGCAGCCAGGGCCCCAGCAUGUCUUGCCCCAAGAUGUCUAUAAACCCAAGGCGGUGGGCAACAGCGGGCAGCUGGAGGGGAGUGGUGGAGCCAAACCCCCUCGGGGUGCAGGCACAGGGGGCAGUGCUGGCUACGGGGGCAGUGGAGCAGGGCGCUCCUCCUGCGACUGCCCCAACUGCCAGGAGCUAGAGCGCCUGGGCGCCGCGGCGGCCGGGCUGCGGAAGAAGCCGAUCCACAGCUGCCACAUUCCGGGCUGCGGCAAAGUGUAUGGCAAGGCCUCCCAUCUGAAGGCCCACCUGCGCUGGCACACGGGCGAGAGGCCCUUCGUCUGCAACUGGCUCUUCUGCGGCAAGAGGUUCACCCGUUCGGACGAGCUGGAGCGCCACGUGCGCACUCACACCCGGGAGAAGAAGUUCACCUGCCUGCUCUGCUCCAAGCGCUUUACCCGAAGCGACCACCUGAGCAAACACCAACGCACCCACGGCGAGCCAGGCCCAGGACCCCCACCCAGCGGCCCCAAGGAGCUGGGGGAGGGCCGCAGCGCCGGGGAAGAAGAGGCCAAUCAGACGCCCCGACCUCCGGCCUCACCGGCACCCGCAGAAAAAGUCCCUGAAGGCAGCCCAGAGCAGAGCAACCUGCUGGAGAUCUGA